CUGAAUCAAGCCGCAGAAGUUCGCUGUGUUUGGGCUAGAGCAGUGAGUGAUCCAGCAUGGCGCCCAGUCAGGGCUCUAGGAUGCUUAGUAAAGAUGAUGCUGAUUAUAAACUUCACUUUAGGAUGAUAAACGAGCAGCAAGUGGAGGACAUCACUAUUGACUUCUUCUACAAACCGCACACCAUAACUUUACUAACGUUCACCGUCGUCAGCAUAAUGUACUUUGCUUUCACCAGGGACGAUGGAGACUCUGAUAAGAACCUGCGUGUGGGCUUGCUGCUGGUCGUCUCUUUCUUUCUUGUUAUCAGCGUUCUUGCCUUUCCCAACGGUCCUUUCACGCGUCCUCAUCCCUCUGUAUGGCGCAUGGUGUUUGGUCUCAGCGUGCUUUAUUUCCUCUUUCUGGUGUUCCUGAUCUUCCUGAACUGGGAUCAGGUGAAGGCGCUGUUGUAUUGGCUCGACCCAAAUCUGCGUUACGCCAAACGAGAAGCAGAUGUGAUGGAGUAUGCAGUAAACUGUCAUGUCAUCACCUGGGAGCGGAUCCUGAGUCAUUUUGACAUCUUCGCCCUGGGUCAUUUUUGGGGUUGGGCUAUGAAAGCUCUGCUCAUCCGCAGCUACGGACUCUGCUGGACCAUCAGCAUCACAUGGGAGCUCACCGAGCUGUUCUUCAUGCACCUCCUGCCAAACUUUGCGGAGUGCUGGUGGGAUCAGGUCAUUCUCGAUAUCCUGUUGUGCAACGGUGGAGGGAUUUGGCUUGGCAUGACUGUGUGCCGCUUUCUGGAGAUGCGCACCUACCGAUGGGCCAGUAUCAAGGAUAUCCACAGCACCUCGGGAAAGCUGAAGCGGGCCGUUCUUCAGUUCACUCCGGCCAGCUGGACGUAUGUGCGCUGGUUCGACCCCAAAUCCUCCUUCCAGAGGGUGGCUGGAAUCUACCUCUUCAUGAUAGUAUGGCAGCUCACAGAGUUGAACACCUUUUUCCUGAAGCACAUCUUCGUGUUUCAGGCCUCUCAUCCUCUCAGCUGGUGCCGGAUCCUCUUCAUUGGGAUCAUCACUGCUCCUACAGUGCGGCAGUACUACGCUUAUGUGACAGACACACAGUGCAAAAGAGUUGGAACACAGUGUUGGGUGUUUGGGGCCAUUGCUUUCCUGGAGGCUCUGGCUUGCAUCAAAUUCGGACAUGAUUUGUUCUCUAACACACAAGCUCUGUAUGUUGUCUUUUGGCUUUUGUGUCUGGCGUUCAUUACAUUUCUCUGUCUGUAUGGGAUGGUUUGGUACGAGCAAAAUUAUGGGAAGAAACUGAAGAGAAUUCCAGAUGACGACGGCACUUCUACUGACCCGUAUGACAGUCUUCCUGAAGCUGCAAAAGAGAGGAGCUCCAGUAGCAACUCCAGCUCAUCACGUAGAAGAAAAGGAGGAAAACACAAAACCGCCAAUGGAACCAGUGGCAAGAAGUGAGCAGAAAUGAACCCUGAUGAUCUGUGGAUGGACUCGAGUAUGAAGGAAACACACAGUAGAGAAGUGAAGAGAAGCGUAGAGAACAUUUGAAGUAAAGCACAGACACAGACACACUUCCGUACACGGAGACUCAAUGCACACCACUGCCUCUGUCUUUACAAAGCACUACCGCUGCAUUUAAAGCUUUCCUACUCAGAUUAUGUCUCUUUUCUAAUCUAAAUAUCUAAAAUGUCUCAAAUCAAGAAGCAUUUUUCAGACAAGUAAAACACAUUGUCUUGUUUUAAGAUAUAAUAAGCCAAAAUGAAGUGAGUUUUUCCUUAAAACAAGCAAAAUAAUCUUGUCUUUUGUUUUGAAAUGCUUGUUUUAAGGAAAAACUCAAUUCAUUUUGACUCACAAGACAAUAAUUUUGCUUGUCCAGAAAUUCCUCUUGAUUUAAGAAUGUUUUGAUAUUUGGACUAGAAACAAGACCAAAAGAUCUCAGUAAGAAAAGCUUGUUUUGCCCUACAGUGCACUCGAUUUAUUCAAGAGCACUUGGAAGGAAACAUAGUUGUGUUGUGCAGAUGACUGUAAAUGAUGCACACUUAAAGGGAUAAGUCCCUCAUAAUUAAAAUACUCUAAUGAUUUAUAAUC